UGGAUAAUGCCACGUUUGGAUGCUUUGCAAUGCCGGUUCAAGCGGCAACCUUUGAGAUCAAGCCAAGUACGAUACAACUUUUAGAGAACCGUUGUGCGUUUCACGGGUUAAGUCAAGAGGAUCCCAAUGCGCACAUCGCCAAAUUCUUGGGUGUACUCAAUACGUUCAAGCUUCAUGGGAUAACCGCAGAUCAAAUCAAGUUGAGAAUGUUCCCCUUCUCUUUAAGGGAUAAGGCUAGCUUAUGGCUUCACUCUCUACCCAACGAAUCCAUCCACAAUUGGAGGGAGUUGGCUCAAGCGUUUCUCAACAAAUAUUUCCCUCAUGGCAAGACUACAAAGUUGACCAAGGAUAUUCUUGAGUUUAUUCAAUUUGAAGGGGAGUCACUUUAUGAGGCAUGGGAGCGUUUCAAAGAUUUACAAAGGAGUGUCCCCCAUCAUCGGCUCAAUAAAGAGCAUGUGAUCCAAAUCUUCUAUGAUGGGACGACUAUUACUACUAGAGCAACAAUUGAUGCGGCUUCGGGCGGAUCACUAAUGAAAAAGACGUAUGAAGAGGCGCUAGAAUUGGUGGAAAAGUUGGCGAUAGUUAGUAGCACUUGGGGCCCUAUUGAUAGAAGAGCGCCAUCUACUCAAAAGUCGGUAAUGACUCAUGAUCAAGUGAGGGAAAUGGAGGCCAUAAAAGCAACUAAUGCUUCUCUACAAGCACAAGUGGAUGCCCUCAAGAAACAAGUUGCUCCAAGAAACGCACCGGUCGCCUAUGUUCAAGUGGGAUGUGAGCAUUGUGGGGACUACAACCAUAGUAGUGGGGAGUGUUAUGCCACGGGGAAAGCUUGGAGUGAGCAAGUGAACUAUGUUGGAGGCCAAGGGCAAGCUAAUGACCUGUACUCUAAUACCUACAACCCCGGAUGGAGGAAUCAUCCUAACUUUGGAUGGAGAAACCAAGAAGGUCAAGGCAAUGCUCAAGCCUCCAACCAAGCGGGUCCUAGUUUUCAAGGAGGAAAUAGACCUCAAUAUCAACAACAACCACAAGGUCAAUACCACAACAACCAACACCAAGGGAACAAUUAUGGUGGUAGACCACAACACCCUCCCGGUUUCCAACAACCAAGGAACACAGAUGAGGGAAACAUGCUUGUCAAAUUGAUGGAGAAAUUUGAAAAGAUGGAGGUUGAAAAUAGGCAACUUCACAAUGAAAAUAGGCAAAGGGAGAAGAACCAAGCUUCCACCAUCCAUCACUUAGAGACCCAAAUCUCGCAAAUGGCACUUUCGCUCCAAGGUAGACCUCAAGGGGGAUUGCCCUCUACUACGGAAAACAAUCCUAGAGAGCAUGUGAAAGCCAUCAAAGUUGUGGAACUUCGAAACGGUAGAGUCCUUGAUGUUGAUCAUGAUAAGGAUCUUGAAAAAGCUAAUGGCAAGAGGCCAAUGAUUGUGGAGGUUGAGCCUCAAGUGGUAAUAAAUGUUGCAAGCUCUAGUCAAGAGCUACCAAAGUCGUGUGAGGAGGUGGCUAUUGAUAUUGAUGUUGAAGAACCAUAUGUGAGGCCACCACCACCACCACCUUUUGUGCCUAAAGUACCAUUCCCAAGCCGGUUGAGAAAGGCUCCGGAUAAUGAAAAGUUUCAUAAGUUUCUUGAAAUAUUCAAGAAACUUCAAAUAAGCAUGAGCCUAGGGGAUGCCUUGCGAGAGAUGCCCCAAUACGCUAAGUUCUUGAAAGACAUAAUUAUGAACAAGCGAAGUUGGGAACAAGGCGGAACAAUUCCUCUAACGGAAAGUUGUAGUUCUAUUAUCCAAAGCAAUCUACCGACCAAGCUACAAGACACAGGGAGUUUCACGAUUCCUUGCUUAAUUGGCACUUCUACUUCUCUUAAUUGUCUUUGCGAUUUAGGUGCAAGUAUAAAUCUAAUGCCUUUGUGUCUUUUCAGGAAAAUAUGUGGAAACCAACCGAUAAAACAAACUUCCAUGAUGCUUCAAUUGGCCGACCAUUCGCUCAAAAGACUGCACGGGGUUGCGGAUGACGUGCUAGUAAAAGUGGGCAAGUUCAUCUUUCCGGUGGACUUUGUUGUGCUUGAUUAUGCGGUCGACAAAGAUUGCCCCAUGAUUCUCGGGCGUCCUUUUUUGAAUACGGGGAGAGCAUUGGUUGAUGUUAAUGGGGGGAAGAUAACAUUAAGAAUGAAUGAUGAGAGCAUGGUGCUUGACAUCAAGCAUGGAAAAAGCAAGUGUGAGGAGGAGAAAUGCAUGAAGAUUGAUACUAUUGAGCCCACAUUGCAUGUUCCUAUGAAAAAAUCCGAGGUUGUGUGUGCAAAAAUCAAGACAACACCUCAUGUCAAGCCACGCAAGGGAAAACCAAGACGUUGGGCAUCAUGGAAGUUGAAGCUCAACGGGAUAGCAACCGCAAGCAAGAGAUAAAUAUGCACGGAAGUUGCUACUCUUGGUGAGUACGUCCAAGUUCGAACCUCUCAAGCACAUUCACAAGCGGGGAAGUUGAUUUCUAAGUGGAGCGGGCCGUUUAAAACACGGCGCAAAUUGGAUAAUGAUUUUAUUGAGUUGGAGGGGGCCAAUGGAGAUGUUUUUAAGGUGCUUGGAGAAUGGUGCAAACCAUAUCCUAGAGUGUUGAUCGAUGAAAGUCGCGAGCAAGUCGCUCUUUUUGAUCCUCCAUGAUUUUGAGGAUCGAUAGUCGAGCUUUCGACUUAAAACAAGCGCACUUGGGAGGCAUUCCCAAGAGGUACUUUGGAGCAUCGCGGAAGCAUUUUGAUACAAAAGAUGGAAAAGUCGACGGAAAAGAGGCGAAAGCUCAUUUGCAAGUCUGAAAAACCGACCCCUCUGCACUAAUUGGAAAAUUGGAACCAGCUGGAAGCCUCAAAUGAAUUUGUGUUCUUCAUGAAAGUUGAAGUAGACAUCCCAAGCUUUCCAACGGUUCAAGAAUCGACUCAAUCGGACAUUUCUACGCAAAGUUAUGAAGUUUUGAAGAUCGGAGCUGAAACCGUAAUGCCAAGCUCGAAUCGAGCUCACCAAGGCCAAGAGGGAGCUCGAUUCGAGCUCACCACUCUGAGUUCCAGAAAUUCAAGCUCGAAUCGAGCUUGAGGAGCAAAAAAUCAAGCUCGAUUCGAGCUUAGGCUUGUGUAAAGGGGGAAAUUUGAUUUCAAAUGCUUCAAGGCUUGAUUCUCUUUGCUUCUUUGGGCAAAACACUCCUUGAGUGAAUGUUUUUCUUUCCUCUUUUGUAAACAUAUAAAAACUCUUUUAUCUCUAUUUUAGGUUAUGUCGUGAUUUUGUAGAGAAUUGUAAGACAUCUCAUUAUUGUAGCAACACUUUCUCUCUAUCUUUAAAUCAUUGUUCUUAUUGUUCUUACUAAAAGUAGUAAAGGAUCUUCAUAGUUCUUGGUGUUCUUCAAACUAA